AUGUCAACCCGACGAGUGCAUUUUUCGAGUCCUCUAGAAACUACUCAGCAACACGUGGCCUCGGCUGACCAGUGGGAGCCGCCGAGGGUGCGGUCGCGAUUCCAGCACCUGCAAUUUAGAAGAUACGACAUGAGUCCAGAGACUCGGAUCGAGACUCUCGACAGCCGCAUUGGAGAUUUGACUCCCGAUGAAUAUGAGCGCUCUUUCGCCGGGGUGGAGGAGUCGAUUCAGGAACUGGCUGCCAUGUUCGACAAGUCCCGGGGCAUGUCCAAACCAUCAACACCCGAACGAUCUGCAGACUUGGACAAAGAGGUCGAUGGGCUGGUAGACAACAGUCCAUCAUAUGAUCUUGGGUGGAACAUCCCAUCCGCUGCAUCGUCCAGCAACCCAUCUCCCUCGGUAGAUGAUAACACCGGAGAUGACGGUGACGAAGAAGGCCUGGGGUAUGAUCUCGGGUGGGGCCCAAAUGUGACUUCGGGUCAACCACCUGAAGUUGUGAUGGAUGAAGACGAUGCGCCGGCGUACGAUCUCGGAUGGGGAUCGACACAUUCGGGUGAACAGCCCGUUCAGCAAGAUGCGAUCAAUGGUGCUGGUGAUGGACAUGGGUAUGACCUUGGAUGGGGACCAGCACCUGCUGGUGAACACCGGAUGGAAGAAGAAGAUGACGAUGACGAACCCUCGUACGAUCUCGGGUGA